GCAAUCGUUCCCAUUCUUAUUGUUGAAUAGUUCAUUGCUCUAGGUUAGAACUUGGGUUUAACGUUGACAAAGGAAGAAAUGAGUAGGAUCCACCCACGGUCUAAUACUAUCUUUCUUCAACCAUCCCCACUGAUAGUACAAGAGUUACCGUUGGUGUAUGAAUCAACGGCAAAGAAACAGCCUCCGGUGAUUACAGUUCCUACAUUUUAUCACGACGGAAGAAUAAUGCACUUGAAUUUUUACUUUUUGAUCCGUCCAUAAUUAGACUUGAGGUAUUAGUACGGGCCCACGGGCCACAUGUCUUGAUAGUCGGAGGUUUUAUCUCCGACCUUGCACCUACAACCUAUUCGCCUGUCUCCAAUGUCUAGGAUUUCCAAGAAAUUUUGACAAUCUAGGAAUCACAUUUCAAAGGUGGCACUACCGAGUUGUUUAAUCGCAACAUUGAAGUGGUGAAUGUAGCUUUUUGUACAACAUACAAAGAGAAGCCGCAAUGGUACGAAUAGUAUGCCUUUUGGAAAUACUUAGUGGGAUGUCUUUCAAACAUUUUGCGAAAGAAGUCUCAACCAUAAGGUCAUUUUACUCUAACAAACAUGUAUGUUCGAUAAUCAUUAUGCUUUUUAUACGUUUGAUCAAGUAACGCACAUUAUGGUACAAGAAAGAUUCUUUAUUGAUUUUGAAUGUUGAUUUUAGUGUCUCCAAAUAUGUUUGAAAAAAUUAUUUCUAGCACCAGUACACAUUUGAGCUUUAAAUAAUAGUUCAUAAAUUUUGCAUGAUCAUUGUCAGUCUUUUCUAGAGCUCUUCGAAGAAUCAUUUCAGAUCAGUGAGAUAUUGCUUCGAAUAGCUUUCUGUUGUUUGGAAGUAGGGUGUGGAGCUAACCCACGGCAAAGUGAAGUUUUCAUCUCCAAGAUACGUUUCAGUCCGAAAGCAUACAUAAGUUUUCAGAAAGAUGACUAUAGGUGAUAAAGAAUCUAAAAUCAAUAUUGCACUCGAAACUUGUAUGAAUUUUUGCCCAAUGUAAGUCUUGAGUUUAAAACAAAUGUAAAAGCACAUCGUACAACCCAAAAGGCCCCAAUCUCGCUAACUGUACGAAAGAAGAGAUUUAAAUACAAUAUUGUAGUAUCCAACGUAGUCAACAUUUCGGAACAAAGUUUUUUUUCCGUUUCACAAUUUGACUUUUUUGUGCAAUGUUGAAAAAGUCAACAAAAAACGAAUAGAACGAUGUCCACAGAGCUUGAACGGCCCUCGUAUUUUGAUUUAUGAUGAAGGACUUCUCCAAAAUUGAACAUACUUGGCCUACGAGUAUAGUAUUUUGCAUCUUUGAUAUUUCUUUUGAAAAAAAGCCAACUUUAGCGUGAAAAACAUGAAUUGGCAAUCAAAAAUACUUACCCUGUACUAAAACAAUCGUAGAAAAGGCCUCAAAUUGAUGGAAAUAAUGACAAAAAGAAGCAUUUUCAACAUUUUACUUUAGAUUUUGGGUGUAAUACCUUUGAGUCGGAUAAAUCUGUAUUCUGAAAUACAGUUCUGAUCAUUCAUCACCUUCUUCCUUGUCCAAUGUGAGCGACGUCCUUGAUAGGUACAAGCCGGGGCAACAUCUGAAGUUGUUCUGCGAGGGAGUCAGAGCCUCCCAAAUCUUACUGAGGCUGACGCAAAAAUGCGUAGGUUGUGCCUAGCCUGACCCGACGCAUCUAUUCACAAAGGAAUUACUACUAACCACAGGUUGAUUCUAACGAUUCAGUUAAAAAAGCACAACCUCUCUACCAAGAACUCUUGUCGAACGUCAAACUUCGAAAUGAUCCAUCUGGUGUUGCUGGCAACUUUAGUUACCGUUGCAAAAGCAGCUCCUUAUUACGAUCCCUACUACGACCCAUAUGGCUAUGGUUAUGCUCCCUUCUACGGGUACGAACAACAAUAUCCAAACUACCCAGCCAAUCCUUAUCCACCUCCAGCCUAUCCUGAACCCUAUGCAGCGGCGUACCCUGGACAGUACCCAGCUUAUCCCAACAGUUAUGUAGGCGGUUACCCAAAUUAUCCUCAACCACAACACUCCUAUUACCCUUAUAAUGGCUACCCACAACAAGCCAACCAAUCGCCACAGGCCAACUUGUACGGUAAUAGGGUGGUAAGUGCCAAUAAAGGCCAAAAUCGAGGCGAUGCCAACCAAGGUGGCUUGGUUGAUUUCGAUCCCAAGACGGUGAUGAACGAUGCCCGAAAGUACGCCCAAAGUACUCGAGCUGUGGCGGAUCUCGUGGAUAAUGUGGGUAAUACCGCCACUCAAAACAAGGCCAUCGGCGGUUUGGCCUCUCUAUUUGGAGGAGCUGCCAAUGCGGGAGGUCAAGGCAUUGGGACCACCCUUAAUGGAAUUAGUUCGGUCAUUCGGAGUUCUGCUAGUUUGAUGGAACAAGGCACUGGCACCAUGAUCCAAAUUCGAGACCAAUUGUCCUCUUUGGGUACUUAGGAGCGCCAUGAAGCAAUGUGUCCUCUCAACGUUUGAUUAAUAAAUUAUUUUUGAGCAUUGUCUAAUGGAACAUUGUGUCUACCCACAUCAUUAAUCUUAGUUUCUGUUUUCCAACGACAACGAUGAAUUUAUUGGUGGAAGUAUAUACUCCACGGGUUCCUUCCCUAUAUCGAUAUAUUUCUCUACCAAUGAACAUGUACAUUCACACCAAGCUGAUAAAAUAAACCAAUGUAGUAACGUUUUUCUGUCAAAUU